UGUUCUGUGCACAGAUGACAGAGCGAUCUCUGUGAUCUGUGGUUGUCUGCAUUCUGUGGCAACCCGUCUUGUGACUGCGUGAAGAAUUCUUCUGGAUCAUAGCGAGUUAUUUGAAUCGAAUUUAUUGAAAAUGGGAAUGGUGAAUAGUGUAGUGUUGUGAACUUGCUUUUGGAAUAUUAUGUGGUGAUUUAGUUUAUCAUAUAAUGCACUCUUUAUUUGUUACUGGACGCCUCAUAUCUCGCGCUUUAUUUAAUGGAAUUCACAACUUUUCCACUGCGACAGACCCCAAAUUACAACAGAAAACGGAGCCCCAUUUGGUGUCAGCUGUCUGUGGCUUUUCAAAGGAGAGGAGAAUUCAAAGACUGGUCAAGGGCCAAUUCGGAGACGACGCCUGGUUCUCAGCUAAAUACAAAUCCACUGAUGUCCUAGGUGUUGCUGAUGGCGUGGGAGGGUGGAGGUCCUAUGGAAUCGAUCCCGGAGAGUUUUCCUUUCACUUGAUGAAAACUUGCGAGCGUUUAGUAAAAUUGGGUCGUUUUGCUCCUACAAACCCUUCAGAAUUAUUAGCUAGUAGCUACUAUGAACUACUUCACAAUAAAAAGGCAAUUUUAGGUAGUAGUACAGCCUGCGUGGUAUUCCUAAAUAGAGAAAAUAGUACUCUAUAUACUGCAAAUAUUGGAGAUAGUGGAUUCAUGGUAGUGAGAAGAGGUCGGGUAGUUAGGCGAUCUGAGGAGCAACAACAUUACUUUAAUACACCAUUUCAGCUUUCACUGCCACCACCAGGGUACAGGGCGGACGUUUUAAGCGAUCGCCCCGAAUCAGCAUCUAGUGAUAAUUUUCCUGUCGAAGACGGCGAUGUAAUUUUAGUAGCUACCGAUGGGGUAUUUGACAAUCUGCCCCAAAAUAUUAUUUUAAACGAACUUAUAAAAUGUCAAGGCGAGAGGUGUGCAAGUAGAUUACAAAUGGUAGCUAAUUCGAUAGCUUGGAUGGCCCGAAGUCUAUCCUUCGACGAAACUUUCAUUUCUCCGUUUGCUGAAAGGGCUUUUGCCAAUGGCAUAAACACAAUAGGUGGAAAGCCAGACGAUAUAACCGUCAUUCUGGCAACUGUUGCAAUAUGAAGAGAUGUUUCUUUUACGUCAUUAGGACGCGUCGUUUGUACAAUAAUCGAUUGUUAUUUGGUAUUUCCUUAAUUUAUAAUUUCAUUUUCUCGUCUGCAUCUGUAAUUCAUUCCCAUAUGUGUUGUUCCGUUUUUGAUCUAAGUUUGAGGUUGUUAAAAAGGCUUAUGAUAAACCAACAGAAACUUCACAGUCGUCAGAAAUACAAUGUUCGUUUUGAGAUUCUCAUGUUUUAAAACUGUGAGUGGCCUAUUUUAGGUAUUAGUGGAACUGUGAUCUGGUUUUAAUAUGUAAAUGAACAAAAAAGAAUAAUUAAUCUGACUAGUUUUUAGGGCAUUUGAGACAAGUCAUUAGUUGUCGUUGUCUCAGUGAUAAACUUAUUUCUGACCGUACUGAUUUAACUACAAACUUAAUAACAACGUUCUGGUUGCCAGAAAAGCAAUUUCCUAUUCUUUGUUGUACAACUUGUGAGUUUGAACAGUUCCACUAUUCAUUUUUGUGAGGUUUCGAUAAUACCAUAAUCAUCUCUAAGUAAGGUGUACUUUGUACCUGAGACUCUAACAUAUAUUUUAUUGAUAACUUGAAAUUUGCCGCAAAAACCACGUAAUUUAUGUCGAAUAAGCUUUCAGAAUUUCCUAUGUACUACCAAAAGUCAUAAAGUUGUAAUUUAUCAAGUCAAACUUAAUAGAAAGCUGUUGAAAAUUUGAACUAGAAUUCAUUGCAUUGCAACAAACAGUUGAGUACUUAUGUCAGCAAUAAUUGCAAAUCGUUGUAGAAUAAACACUAAACAUGUUUGAUCGCCAAAACGUUAUGAGUUACAGUUACUUUAACUAUAAUAUUUGGUUUUGAUUACAGAAGAAAGUGAGCGAUACGAAUUUUAUCAAAGAUUUAGUGCUUACACUACACAACAAGCCAAUAAAAUGUGUGUUAGAUACAGGGAAUAAAAAUUCGGAGACUGCGCUUAUUGUAAGUAAACUUAAUUUUAGCAUGUGAUAUUUGAGUUUCUAAAAUGCUUGUACGGUACGUUACCAAGUGCAUAUGUUUAAAAGUUAAAAGUUGAAGGACGGAAAACGGCUCAGGUACAAAAAUAGUGAUGAUUGAACCAAAUGUUUUACCUAAUAUUUAGGUUAGACUUAGUGUUGUUUAUGUUCCCUUGGCUUUUUAAGCCGCAAAAAACCACAAGUGGUUUAAGUUUAGUUUCGUGCUUAACAAUGUUGUAUACUCAUUUCACUUGUUUCCUUGCAACUGUAAGUGCCGAGAUGGUUAAUAAAAUAGUUGUUAUUAA